AUGUGGAAGGAUCGAUUACGGCUCCAGAAGUUCGAAGAGAAUCGAGGGACUGCUGCUGCUACGACAAAGAGUAAACAGGAAGCUUCGAGGAGGAAGAAGAUGGCUCGUGCGCAGGACUCGAUUUUGAAAUACAUGGUCAAGAUCAUGGAGGUCUGCAAGGGUCAAGGUUUCGUCUACGGGAUCAUACCGGAGAAGGGGAAACCGGUGAGCGGAUCCUCCGACAGCCUCCGCAGCUGGUGGAAAGAGGCGGUGCGGUUCGACCACUCCGCACCCGAGGCCAUCGUCCAAUUCCAAUCCUCCGCCGUGCCUCCCGCCGUCGCGGCCGCGGCGGCUACCUACCUCCACCGCCUCAACGAGCUCCAGGACACCACGCUGGGGUCCUUGAUUUCGGCGCUGAUGCAGCACUGCGCGCCGCCGCAGCGGCGGUUCCCUCUGGAGAGGGGGCUGGCGCCGCCGUGGUGGCCGACCGGGGACGAGAUCUGGUGGGAGCAGCAGGAGGCGGCGGCGAAGGAGCAGGGGCCGCCGCCGUAUCGGAAGCCGCACGAUCUCAAGAAGUCGUGGAAGGUGAGCCUGCUGACGGCGGUGAUUAAGCACAUGGCGCCGGAUUUCCACCGGAUGCGGCGGCUGGUGAGGCACUCCAAGUGCCUGCAGGACAAGAUGACGGCGAAGGAGACGGCGAUUUGGUCUAACGUCGUUACUGAGGAGGAAGCUCUUCUCGGCGAGCAGCUGAGCAACAGCCUCCGAAUCUCGGAAACAGACCCUUCCUCUUCUUCUUCCACUUCCUCCUCCGUUUUGGCGGAGAAGAGGAAGGGCAAUUUCGGGAGAGAGGCGGCGGCGGAGGAGGAGGAGGUUCUGUAUCCCUGCCAGAACGAAGUGUGCCCGCAGAGCAAGCCGGGGCUAGGGUUUGCAGACAAGAACACCAGAUCGGGCCACCAAUUGGAUUGCGCUUUUUCGGAGAAGCUUCCUUUCGAGACGGACACAAGCUUGGAAACCAGCGGCAGCGAUGGCGACGACUACUAUCCUCUGCUGAGCAAUCACAAUCCGUUGCUCAGCCCGCCGAUGGUUACAGCUCAAGCGAGUAGCGAGCUGAGCGUGACCGAUUGGGCUAAUAUGGUGCUGGAAAGUGUUAAUGUCUACGGCGGAGGCGAACCGUUGUCGAUGGAAACAGAGGAAGCUUCGGAGUACUGGAGUGGCAGCGGUAGCGGAAUUGAAGAACUGGGAUUGCCGCAGGAGACAACAGGGUUAGGGUUUGGGAGGUCGGAACAUGAAUUGGACUUGAAUCUGUAUCCAUCACUGUUGGAUGAUCAUAAUCACAAUAAUGGUGCAGAUUCAACUUCGAUCUGGGAUUUGGGUUAUGUGGAACCAACUAGCCCCAGCUAA